AAAGACAUCAAUCAGCUAACAACGCUCAUAAGUCAAAAAUCGUUCUUUCCUACGAAAAAAAAUAACAAAAACUAACAAAAUGUACAAAUUGUUUGUCCUUGCUGCUCUCGUCGCCGUUGCCGCUGCUGCUCCCAGCCAUCUGUAUGAAAGCCCACUUGUCUACUCGGCACCAGCCGCUGUUGCCUACCAAGAACCAGUCUUGGCUAAAGUGGGUUCAGUGGUGAAGAGCAUUCCCACUGCUGUCUCUCAUCAAAGCCAAUCGAUUGUGCACAGCUCAGCUCAUGUUGUCGAGGAUGUGGUUGCACCCGUCGUGAAGACCAGCUAUGUCUCAGCUCCAGUAGUGAAGACCAUCCAUGCUGCUCCUCUGGUUCACCACUCAUACGCUGCUCCCGCUCCCAUCAUCAAAUCUUACGCUGCUGCUCCAGUAGUGCACAGUUAUGCUGCCCCCUUGGCUUACGAUACUCAUUACUCAUCCUGGUAAACGGCGUACAGAAGAGAAUAGAAAUGGACAAAAGAUUUUGUACACUGAAUUUGUGAUAAGAAAAUCAUUUUUAGAAUAGAAUGACUAGAAAUUAACGUUGUUGACUUUAUCAGCGAUUUGUUAAAUAAAUUGUUUUAUAAAAAGACAAAA